AUGCGUGCCGUGUACUUACGCGCAAAACUAGCACCACGCGUACUAAGUAGUGCUGCAAGUGUUGACCGCUCGGAGUUGCUGGACCAUGUGGAGUUUCAAGAAAAAAGACUGAGAGCGAUGAGUCGGCGAGAGCAAAUGCCGGAUCCUCCCCAACAAGCCAAACGUAACGCUCAGAUGCUCGCACAAAAGUAA